GGCUUAAGCUCAUCACUUCUUAAUCUUACGUACAAGCAACUCCACAAACCACAAACACACACUUGUUCUAUAUAAAUAAACCCCACUCUCCACAAUCCAAAAACAUCAACAAAACAAACAUUUGAACACCACCAUGUCAACCAUCCCUAGAACCACCGCACAAGCCACCCUGGCCGGCUUCGGAAACCUCAUCAAGCUCCUCCCAACGGGCACGGUCUUCGCCUUCCAAUUCCUCAACCCGGUCCUCACCAACAACGGCCAAUGCCACCUCAUCCACAAGUACCUCACCAGCUUCCUCAUCGCCGCCUGUGGGGCCUCCUGCUGCUUCGCCUCCUUCACCGAUAGCUACACGGACAGCGAGGGCAACGUGCACUAUGGCGUCGCCACCACCAGCGGCCUCUGGCCCUCCCCUGACUCCUCGGUCGACUUGUCCUCAUACAAGCUCGGUUUCGGAGACUUUGUGCACGGAUUUUUCUCGUUGGUGGUGUUUGCCGUGGUGUCGCUGCUCGAUCCUAACACGGUCGAGUGCUUCUACCCGUCGUUCGAGUCCACGCAGAAGGCCCUGCUCAUGGCAAUGCCGCCUGUCAUAGGCGCCGUCUCCACUGCUGUUUUUGUUAUGUUUCCGAAUAACAGACAUGGAAUAGGCUAUCCUUACAGUCAAGCUCCAACUCAAGUUGCUCAAGCAUAACACAUCAUGUCUUAAUCAUGUAAACCUAUGUGUGUUCGUGUGGAUUUCUGAUUUAUGGUUUUAAUUUUUUAUUUUAUUUUACUUUUUUGAUAGGAAAAUGUGGAUUUCUGGUUUGAUGUAAACUAUCUCGUUAAUUUUACUCGUUAAUUCAAAUUUCAAAUCCA